AGUGGAUAGUUCUGGUAUCUCAUUGCUGAUCAGAGGUUGGACCUGCACUGGCAUCCAGAGAGAAGCACGUGCGCAGGACUUGGGAAAAAUUUGGAAAGGGUUGGUCAUUGAUGUUUUUGAGGGGCAUGUUCUCGAAGUGGAGUCCAUUGAGUUGUUCUUGAUGAAGUCGUUUCGAUCCUUUUAAUCUCAGAAUGCAUCGCAUCACUUUGAAGCUUCGACCGGUGCCGAUCCAUUUGCGGAUGGAUGGGGUGACUGGAGAGGAAAAUGUGCCAGAGGCCUGCAGUGCGGAGUCACUCCACCCCACCUUACAGUGAUUCUUGGCACAAGUCCACAAGAUUGAUCAAGAUUGGAUUGGCAGAGAUGUACUCAGAUCACUUGUGGAUGCCUACACAGGGGUGACAAUGUCCGCCCAUUCCGAUUCCUACUAUUCCCAGUGAUUUUUAUAAAUAGACGCAUAGUAAGAGUUACAUAAGCUCAGAUCCUUGCAAACCAUAUAUGGAAUGAAAACUAUUCAGAAACUGUCACUCAGAAUGGGCUAGACCUUUUAGCAUGUUUUCUUUUUGUCCUGCCGACAACAAGAUUGCUCUUGUCAUGGUGUCAGGCACUUGGUGCAUGUGAACUUCUACAAGAGGCUUUCAGUGACCUGGUGCAGCGCUGUGGGGGUUCUGGUCCCAUGACCUGUGCGCUGGUCCUGGGUGGUGCAGGUGGGACACUCUUAUGGAUCCCAGGCUCUCCCCGGAUCGAGGUCUCCGGCGUGGAGCUUUCUGGCUGGAAGGCUCCCUUGGCCGGCGCGGCCUUUGGCCUCUAUUCGGCACAGCUGCCCCAAGGUGCUGCCCUCAGCGACCGCUACCGACAACUUUGCAUUUGGCUGGCCGAUCGGUGCCAGCUAGCCAGGGGGGAAAAGGCUGCUGAAGCGCGGGACUCUCAGGGUUCAUGUGAUGAGGUUGCAAGGGGCGACCGGUUUGAACCAAACGGAGGACUUGCGCCUAUCUUGUGGUUGGAAGCCUGA